CACGCCCCGCGAGCGCGUGUGGAGGCACGUCCGGAGGCGCUCGGGCGCGCGUCCAGGGGUGCCGGCUCCGCGGCUCCUCGACUCUUCCCGCCGGGCCGACGGUGCGCCGGCCCGGGUCCCGCAGGAGGCUCCGCGCCUGGGCUCCCGGGCCGCGCUUUCUGCUCCCGUCGCUGCCCUGCGCGCCCCGCGGCUCUGUGGCCGCCGGCCCCCGUCGUGGACGGUGGGUCGGGGCUUCGGGUGCGGCGGGAGGGGAGCCGCCGGCCCCUCGACUCUGCCCGCACGGGGCGCCUGCCUUCCUCAGGAUCUGUCCGGCUUUACCAGGGAUAAAACGCUGGCGCCUCAACAGCCUUUGCAUCCGUGGAAGCUGGGCCCCCAGCUCCUGCCCCACACCCCGUGUCCAGCACACACCUCAGCACAGGCAUUUCUUGCAGGAAAUGGAGACCCUGGGGUUUGUGGUGAAAGUGCAUCCCUGGGAGGAGGGAGCUGACAGAGGCCAGUGGCUGCUGUGAGGGAUCCCAAGAUUGAGACGCACACAUGCAGUCUCCGGCGCGGGCUGGGAGGAAGACCCUGGGGCCGGCCGGCCGCAGACUGUGGGGCUCUUGCCCACUGGUCACUGAGGGGCAGGAGGCGGAGGGGAUGCUGUGCGCGUUCUGGCAGGCAGUAGGCACUGGCUCACUUAAUCCGUACAAGGACCCUAGGAGUUUGGGGGCGUUCCCCCAUUUUUAUGGACUUGGUGACUGAGAGAGUAGUUAAGAGCCCUCAGUCAGGUGGGUAAAUCAAGGAGAAAGUUGGCUUCAGUCUUUCCUCUGCUUUCUCAGCGUAAAGUGCAAGCAACAUUGGUAUCCACCUUGGGGUCGUUGGGAGAAUUCAGUAGGAUUGUUUGGAUAAAGGGCCGCUGGCCCUGGACAGAGUGGACCUCCAGCAGAUGCUGGCUGUUCCUGCGGUAUCAUCUGUGUGCAGGGUACCUCGAAGGCGUGGCGCAGAAGCCACCCUCAGGGUCUCUCAUAAUGUGGGAAGGCAGCUAGUCUAGGCGGGAUUCGGUAGGAUCCCAUGCCCUCUGGAUGGAGAAGAGGAGAAGGAGCCUGGGGGUGCGGUGGGGGGACAGCAGGAGAGAGAGACUGCAGGCCUAGAGGGCCGUGGAAUCUCGCUGGCCAGUCUGGGGAUGGUCCCAGGAGCCCAUGGGGGCUGGAUAAAACGUCCACAGGAGUCCUGAGUGUUGAGUAGCCCCAUCCUGCUCUAACGUUCUGUGAACUUUUCUCUGGCUCAUCCCUGCUGGGGGGUCAGCUUCCUCCUCGGCUCUCAUCAUGGCCCAUCCCACUGGGAGGAGAGAGCCUCGGGGAGCACCGCGGGCCUGGGUGACACGGUCUGCUCAUCUGCCUGCUUCUGUCUCGCAGAGACCUGAGCAUGAACAACCUCACGGAACUCUGGCCUGGCGUCUUCCGCCACCUGCGCUUCCUGGAGGAGCUGCGCCUCUCGGGGAACCGCCUCUCGCACAUCCCGGGACAAACGUUCUCUGGCCUCAGCAGCCUGAAAAUCCUGUCUUUGCUUUUGCCUUGUCGGAUGCUGCAGAACAACCGGCUGGGAGGGAUCCCCGCGGAGGCGCUGUGGGAGCUGCCAGGCCUGCAGUCUCUGCGCCUGGAUGCCAACCUCAUCUCCCUGGUCCCGGACAGGAGCUUCGAGGGGCUGACCUCCCUCCGCCACCUGUGGCUGGACGACAACGCCCUCACCGAGAUCCUGGUCAGGGCCCUCGGCCACCUCCGCGCCCUGCAGGCCGUGACCCUGGCUCUGAACCGCAUCGGCCGCGUCCCCGACUACGCCUUCUGGAACCUGUCCAGCCUCGUGGUGCUGCACCUCCAUAACAACCGCAUCCAGCACCUGGGGGCGCACAGCUUCGAGGGGCUGCGGAGCCUGGAGAGCCUAGACCUGAACUACAACCAGCUGCGCGAGUUCCCCGUGGCCAUCCGGACGCUGGGCCGCCUGCAGGAACUGGGCUUCCAUAGCAACAACAUCAGGGCCAUCCCGGAGAAAGCCUUCCUGGGGAACCCUCUGCUGCAGACCAUACACUUCUAUGACAACCCGAUCCAGUUCGUGGGGCGGUCAGCGUUCCGGCACCUGCCUGGGCUGCACACCCUUUCCCUGAACGGCGCCACGGACAUCCAGGAGUUCCCAGACCUCAGAGGUACCACCAGCUUGGAGACCCUGAUGCUGACCGGUGCAGGGCUCCAGCGGCUGCCCCCGGGGAUGUGCCAGCAGCUGCCCCGGCUCCGUGUCCUGGAGCUGUCUCACAACCGGAUCGAGCGGCUGCCCAGCCUGCGCGGGUGUCUGAAGCUGGAGGAGAUCGGCCUCCAGCACAACCGCAUCUGGGAAGUCAGAGCCGACACCUUCCAUGAGCUCGCCUUCCUACGAUCCCCGGACCUGAGCUGGAACGCCAUCCGAUCCAUCCACCCUGAGGCCUUUGCGACCCUGCGCUCCCUGGUCAAGCUGGACCUGACGGACAACCAGCUGAGCGCGCUGCCCCUGGCUGGGCUGGGGGGCCUGGUGCACCUGAAGCUCCGAGGGAACCGCGCCCUGUCCCAGGCCUUCCCCAAGGACAGCUUCCCCAGACUGAGGACCCUGGAGGUGCCCUUCGCCUACCAGUGCUGUGCCUACGGCGGCUGCCCCAGCUUCCUCGCAGCCUCGGGGCCGCGGGGGCCCCAGCACCCUCCCCCCGACGCCCAGGACCCUCCCAGGUGGACACUGGCCGACCAGGCCGAGAGCCGCUGUCCCUUCCAGCCCUGCGAGCAUCUCUUCGAGAGCUGGGGCAUCCGCCUGGCCGUGUGGGCCGUCGUGCUGUUGGCCCUGCUCUGCAACGCACUGGUACUGCUGAGCCUCUCCGCGGCUGGGCCCGGCCCGCUGCCCCCGGCCAAAUUCGUGGUGGGGGCCCUUGCGGGCGCCAAUGCCCUGACCGGCCUCUCCUGUGGCUUUCUCGCCUCCGUCGACGCACUGACCUUUGGCCGGUUCGCUGAGUUCGGCGCGCUCUGGGAGGCGGGCCCGGGCUGCCGGGCGGCGGGCUUCCUGGCCGUGCUGGGCUCCGAGGCAUCCGUGCUGCUGCUGAGCCUGGGCGCGGCGCACUGCACUGUGGCCGCGGCCUGCGUGCGGGCCCACGGGAAGGUGCCAGCCGCGGGCAGCGUGCGCGCAGGGGCCCUGGGCUGCCUGGCUCUGGCGGGGCUGCUGGCCGCCCUGCCGCUGGCCUCGGUGGGUGAGUACGGCGCCUCCCCGCUCUGCCUGCCCCAUGCCCCACCCGCCGGCCGGCCGGCCGCCCUGGGCUUCGCCGUGGCGCUGGUGCUGCUGCACGCCGCCUGCCUCCUGGCGGCGGCCUUGGCCUGCAUCCGGCUCUCCUGCGGCCUGCCCGCCACCGGGCUGGAGGCCGCCUGGGACUGCGCAGCUGUGCGCCGCGUGGCCUGGCUCACCUUCGCCGACGGGCUCCUCUACUGCCCCGUGGCCUCCCCGAGCCUGGCGUCCGCGCUGGGCCUCCUGCCGGCCGCCCCCGAGGCCGUGAAGGCCGUCCUGCGGCUGGUGCUGCCGCUGCCCGCCUGCCUCAACCCCCUGCUCCAUCUGCUCUUCAGCCCCCACUCGCGGGAGGACCUGCGGCGCCUCCGGCCCUGCCUGGGGGGCCCGGGGCCCCUCGCCCUGGGCGGCGCCGGCCCGCGGGAGCCGAGCUCCUGCGACUCCACGCAGGCCCUGGUGGCCUUCCCUGACGUGGAGCUCUCCGCCGAGGCCUCCGAGACCCACGGCCUCCCCUCGGGGGCCCUCGUCCCCCGCCAGCAGCCUGGGGGCCUCCAGCUGGAAGGCGGCCAUGUUGCAGAGCCAGAGGGAACCCGGUUUGGGCAGCAGCUGCCCUCCAGGGAUGGUGGAUGGGCACAGGGGGACCCGGAGGCCUCACCAGCAGGCCGGGCCUGGGCGGGUGGCGGGGGCUUGCAGUCGUCCGGCUUGGCCUCAGGCGUCUGAAUGUCCUCCCCACUCCCGCCCGCCCCCUCCACGGAUGAUGCUGCUGCCUGUAAAAUAAAUCAGGACGACCCAGA